CAGCCCCGUACCUGCUGUUCACGUCAGCGGAGAUCGAUUUGGUCCUGCAGCAUUCUUCCGAGCUCAACCGUCUACAUCGAAGCUAAGCCUUCGAGCACCUCCGAGUCCCGAGCGAUUCCACUGUCGGCCAUCGCAUCGGGCUGCUUCUCAGCUUAGAGGACUGCGAAAUGGAAUUCGCCCGGACGAGCCUCAGCAAUCGUGACCAGGCACAAGAACGAGGGGCGCCGUGAUUGGCCGGGCCAUCAAUUGGAGCAAUGACGCGGUUCCUGUCGAGGACGAGCACAUGAGCCCAGGUCGGGAGGAGGACGAAUGGCAAGAACGAAUGCGCGAUGACGAAGUUGGUGGCGUCUGAUGGUGGAGCGCGCGAGCGAAGACGAAGCCAUCGGCCUGCUCGAGGACUGGAGAUGUCGUGAGCGGGGGCGAGAUGAAUCUCAAAGACGGCGUGAAACUGAGUCUGGGGGCGAUCAUCGGCGUGGUGGUCGUGGUCCAUGGCACGAAGCUGGCCCUGCAGAUCGCGCACAACAGGCCCGCCAAGCGCCUGCCGCCGGGGCCUCGCCCGUGGCCAGUGUUCGGCAACGCGCUGCAGCUGGGGCCGAGCCCGUGCCGAAUGCUGGCCAAGGUCUGUGACAACUACGGCGGGGUGAUGGCGCUGUGGGUGGGCUCGCACCCGACCGUGAUCAUCACCUCGGCGCAGGUCGUGCAGGAGCUCUUCUCGUCCAAGAACCCUCCCGACACAUUCGAGUCCAGGCCAGGCAGGAUGCUGCACGGCGGAGCGGUGAGCAUGGGCGAAUCGGCCACAGGGUACCGGCGGUACGUGAACAUUCCGCCGCACAAAAGCCCGCAGUGGCGACGACUGCGAAGGAUCCUGUCGUCGUACCUGAUGAGCACGAGCAGCAAGACGUCUUUUCGGCCUCUGCGCGAGUCCAACCGGGACCACGUUCUGGCCGUGAUGAUGGAGAAUCUGAAGCAGGAGGCGUCGACGAAUAAGUGCUUCGUCGUCAACGCGCGGUCCCAUCUGCGGUUCGGAAUUCUGGACCUUCUCUUCACGACUUGCUUCGGCAGCGUCGUCGAUUUGUCGACCGGGCUCAUGGACCACCAGCUGGUGCGGCUGCUCACGGCGUUCAAGGACGUGGUGAGGCUAGGGAUUUCCAGCCGAUUCUCCGACUACCUGCCCGUGCUGCGCGAGAUGCCGGACACGAUGGCGGACAUCGAGUUCGCGGAGAGCUCCAAGCGCGCGGAGGAAUGCUGCGUCCAGACGGUGGGAAUCAUCCGCAAGCGCUUCCAGCCCAAGGACCAGAAGAGGUCGAACCUGAUGCAUAGUUUCCUCGACGUUCUGUGCAAUCUGCAGGGCGAGGACCGGCUCACGGAUCGCGAGAUCACGUGGAUCCUGAGCGAGAUCAUGCUCACCGCCACGGACAGCACCUCGACGACGGUGGAAUGGGCGCUGGGCCAGUUGAUCUACCGCCCCGACAUGCAGGCCAUGAUCCAGGCCGAGAUUGACCGCGUCGUGGGCGACAGCAAGAACAUCUCCGAGAGCGACAUCGAGAAGAUGCCGUACCUCAAGGCCGUGGUGAAGGAGACGCAGCGCGUGAACCAUCCCGUCAUGCUCACUCUGCCGCACACGACCACCAAGCCUCUGGAUGUGAGCGACGGCAUGUACCAUCUGCCUGCAGGAACUACCGUCAUCGCUCACAUUCCUGCAGUGUAUACGGACCCCAAUGUCUGGGACAGCCCCUUCGAGUUCCGCCCGGAGCGACAUUUCGCCGACCUAGACGAGGAGCAUGAGGAGCCCGAGAAGAUUCAGCUGCAGUCCGAUGUGCUCGGCGGCAUCCGCAGGUUCUCUCCCGGGCAGGGACUCGUGACUCACAAAGCUCAGAUCCUGAUCGCCAAAAUUUUGCAGUCUUUUGACGUGUUGCCGGCCUUCGAAGGGAAGCCCAAGCCCUUCGACGAAACCUCCUCCUCGGAGUUCGGAGUAAUCAAUCAGAUGAAGCUGCCUUUGGAUGCUUCUCUGAGACCUCGAUCCGUCUACCAAAUCCAAAAUUUGUCCUAAUCCCGUCCUGAUCGCAACCUUAUGACGCAGAUCUCUGUCUCCGUCUCACUUCCCCGAACUUUCAGCACUUUCUACAUCUGUUUGAGCCACGUUAUUCUAGUUUUGUUACUGGACAGAUGAGCACUUUACAGAGUGUCACUCCAAGUGGAUUUGGUCACGAGGCAGGCAACGCGCAGGCCUGCGACUGCUGUGUUGGAUGGAUGGAUGACUAAGCUCUAGGGAUCCACUUCACAUCAUCAUUGCUGCCCUUCUCUGUAGGAAAGUACUGCCAGAUUAGCGAGCGAGAGUUGAAUUACGUCAACAACAGUCGGUCGAGCAUUGUAGAUUCAGUUAUGAGCAUGGUCAGCGUUUUCCAGGCCUGUGAAGUACAUGUUUACGAGAAGGAACGAAGACUGCUAACGGUAUCCUUGUCCUUGUUCAAUAAAUUUCAGCUCAAGAGACGAUGAAGGCUGUGAGGAGAAGGUCCAGAAUUGAUUGUGCCCUCGUCGUCCUGCCCUCACAACCACAUUAGCCUUGGCCAGCCAUGCACAGACACGCAAAACCAUGCCACGCUAUGUCAAAAGAGAGGUUGUAUAGUACCCGAACAUCUGAAUUCUGUGUUAUGGCUCUUGAAAUUGGUCCGCUCUGAAGCUUCGAUUCAGCUCUGCCUUCACGACAGUUCGCCUCAACCUGGCGACCAUGACCUGUAUACGAGAGGGGACUCAGCUCAGUCAGCAUUAUUCCAUCUCGUGCAUUUUGGUCCUUUGCUUGUCUGCAGACAAGCAGAUAACGGUGAAAAACUCUGUUCACUUUGUCUGAAGUCAGAAGAAUACUGUACUGCUUCUGUGGACAUUCUGACAAGGCAGAGAAAAGGCCAACUUUUGUAGCUCUCUUUUAUGGUU